CGUAAGUAAGAACGGGCCGAAUAAGAUCAGCCCAGUCAAAGCCCGAAACUCAGCCGCCAGAGAGUUUAAGACCACAAAAAAAGUCCAAACUUAACGCGCAAAGAAUAGAAAAACAAACGCAAAGUGAAUGAGUUUCUCUCUCUUCUCUCUCUCUCUCUCUCCCCUCCGCACAAAAUCAAACGCCGCCGCAGCUGUCACUAAAUUCCGAUGGCCUUUCAUCACAGAAAACUGCUGAACGAAUCCGCCGCCGUCGAUCCAGAAGAAAGCCUAGAUAAACUCUGUGAUUUGUUCUGCAAGAGCUCGAAAAAUCCGGAUGCCGUUUGCCCAUCUAAAUGUCUCGAUUACUGCCCUCCGUUCUGCUUCACGCCGUCGCCGGAAACCCCGGUCCUCAUCUUCACCCCUCCGCCGGCCACCAAGCCCUACAGCCUCCCUAUAUUCCUCACCGUCUCCCUCGCGAUCCUCGCCGCCACUUUCUUCCUCUUCACCUGCUACACCAUCUACAGACUCUACUCCGCCUCCCGAAACUCCCGUCGCCGGCGGUGGCCCUCACGGCGGCGCCAGACUGGAGAAGAAGAAGAAGACGACGACUUCGGCCCCGACGAAUUCCUCGAUGAAGACCACGGCCCUGCCGCGGUUGACCACCACGUGUGGUACAUCAGAACGGUUGGCCUGCAGCCGUCCGUGAUCGGCGCAAUCACGAUCGUUAAUUACAAUAAAGGCGACGGUCUGAUCGAAGGCACGGAUUGCUCUGUUUGUCUGAGCGAAUUCGAACAGGACGAAACCCUAAGAUUGCUCCCCAAAUGCAACCACGCAUUCCACCUACCCUGUAUCGACACGUGGCUCAGGUCACACACUAACUGCCCCAUGUGCCGGGCCCCAGUCGUGUGCAACAACCCACCGCAGGAGCCCGUUGUCGAGAAUCCGGGCCCGGUCGAAGAAACCCGAACCCGAGUCGAAUUAUUAAACGGGCCUUCUCAUGAACUGACGAUUGAGAUUGAUACCGACUUAGCGGAAUCGGAAUCGGAAUCACGUACUGCUCGAAUUGGUUGCGAUUUAGAUCAUGGGAUAAUACCUACAAGAAGAUCAGUGUCGUUCGAUUCUUUAUCUGCAUCGAUUAUCAGUUCAGCAAUUGCUAAUAAUGAUUUUUCAGACAAGAGUUCAGACAAUAAUCGAAGCUUGUCUAAUAUGCAAACGGGGACUUGUUCGGUGAAGAGAUCGCUUUCUUGCAGUGCUAAGGUUUUCUUGUCGAGGCAUAGCAGCAAGAACCGGAACUCGGUUACUCAAUAAAAUUUUCGAAGAAAUGGGGAUUGCCUAAUCGAAGAAUAGGCGUUUUCCGGAAAAUUACAGAGUGUAAUAUAUAUAUAUAUAUACACACACACACAAGAAAAUGUAAGUAAAAAAGUUUUGGAAAUGAUGUUCAUGAUUGUUAAAUUGUAUAAUAAUUAAGGUGCUGCAGCUUCAAAAAAUGUGAAGUAGAGCCUUUAUAGUGAAUGCUAAUUGAAUCUUUUGGAGAGGGGUUUUUGUAUCUAUAUGUAUAUAUGUUUGCAUUUGGUU